CGGGUAGUGUCGAAUCGACAGAUACACAGUCUAAUCGCGCGCUCGGCUAUCGCAGUACAACCGCAGAUACCUACGUGCUGAUUCCGAAAGAUGUGACGAAUGCGAUUCGCUGCCGCCUACGAUGGGUAGUGCGCCUUUUCUUUUUCUUUUCCUUUCCCUUCUAGGCCUUUCUUUCUAUACGCACAUACGUAUAGCGGAGGUCCGUGUGGCCCCCGAGACGAAAGAGGGAGAACGGCGUGCAACUCGAAGCAAUUCGGUGCUAAGGCCGGUGGUAAAGACGAGUCGAGAUGCUGGUCUUGGUCUCGGCAAUAAGACAGCCGAACAACGUCAGAAGCGAAACGAGCCUCGGCAAAUGUACAGGGGAGAGAAGGAUAGGAGGGAUUUGAUUUUUAGAGGGUCGGCGAGGUAGCUUAUUGGCUUUUUUUAGGCAAAAAAUAGCGGCGUCUUGAAUGCUUGAAGAGGUACCUACUUUUAGGGUAGUCUGGACGGUCUGCGGUACCGUUCCCCUUUCCAUACCCUCCC